AUGGGCACAUAUCUUUCAACGAUAUCAUCCGUUCAUCCUACUGCUUCUUCCUUCAGCUCCAACAGCAUUGAUGUUGAUGCUCGAUCCCUUUCUUUCAAUCUCAUCGUACCUCCAAGUUUCUCGUUUCCCCCCAGCAAUGGCGAUCCGACUCAGACUCAUCCCGCUCCAUCCUCGCCCAAAACAGAGGGUCCGUCUAGUAAUGGUGCGGACAUAGUCAGGGCCCAGGACCUUCCGCCCAUGGGUAUAUCAGCUGCUGAAGGACAGUUCACGAGUAUUCAUGACCCUAGUCCUACAGCCGCUUCCAUGAGGUCGUUUGAUCUGCUGGCUCACAUACCUCCAUGUGCCUUCACGACUUACUCUACGGACGUCUUCCUUCGCAACUUGAGGGGAAGUCCACAUGCACAAGGGGCCAAAAUUGUCACUGUCAAGCGCUUCGUAAAGAAAAAUGGUACACGGCAUCGGUGUCUAGUACUACUGACUCGAGAUGGAAUCGGCCUUCGGGUGGACCGUCGUCGAGAUCAUACUCUUUCGUUGCCUCGAUUCAUUCUGCCAUGGAAAUUCCGACGCAACAGAUACGGUCACCGUGUCUCGGGACACGCAUCUGCUCUCCGACCGGAGAUCAAAGGAGGAAGCAACACUACAGCUACCACUACAGGUCUCACUCCUCGACUUUAUGAGGAUCCUUGA